AUGGCAAGUAGGAAAGCUGAUGAAUCAAAGCAAUCGAAAGAAACAUUGCUAAUUGUCUAUGGAACUGAAACUGGUACUGGACAAGAUAUAGCUGAAUGUUUAUGGCGUGAUGCUGUAUCGAGAAAUAUUGAAACAAGAAUUAUGUCAUUAGCUGAUUAUAACAUUCAGGAAUUAAAUUUAGAAUAUUGUGUAGUGAUGGUAAUUGCAACAAGUGGACAUGGUGAAAUGCCUAUGGAUUUUCGUAAUAAUUGGAAAUUGAUGUGUCGCAAAGCUUUACCUGAUGACUGGCUAUCAAAUGUGUUUUUUGCUGUUUUGGGCCUUGGCGAUACUUCUUAUCCAAAAUACAAUUUUGCUGGCAAAAAGUUGUUCAGAAGGAUGUGCGGUUUAAGUGCUGAGCCAUUAAUUGAUCUGGCAUUAGCUGAUGACCAACAUGAAUGCGGUGUUUACACUGUAUUCGAGAAUUUUCGAAGUGUUUUAUUUAAAGAAAUUUUUCAACGAAAUUUGUUCCCCAAAAUGAAAUCAGAUAUUGUAUCCACCAAAUUUCCAUCUCGUUUUUCUAUCAGGUCGAUCAAUGAUGGUGAUCAAGAGAACAGAAAUUUAAGUGAGGUGAUUGCAUCUUCACACGAUUUCAUCAAUGUCACGAUUGUUAAUAAUCAACGGGUGACAUCUACUGAUCAUUUUCAGGACACACGUCUAAUAGAAAUCGAAUGUUGGCCUUCAAUGAGUUAUAUGCCUGGAGAUGCUUUAAUGGUCUGCCCUUGUAAUUUGGAAGAAUCGUAUAAUAUUGCGGUGGAAGCAUUGGGAUAUGAUGAAGGAACCUUAGACGAAUUAUUUUUCGUUCAGCCUAAGAUACCGAAUAUUGUCUCACAUCCAUCUGAAAUAUUUGAAGUUCCACUCUUAGUUGUUUUUUAUUUGGGUCCAACAACUUUGCGAACGUGCCUUCAGCGAUAUUUCGACCUUCAAAUGGUUCCUCGAAAAUCAUUUUUCCAGUUGUUAUCUUUUAUCUCGGAGAAUGGUAUGGAAAAAGAACGAUUAAUAGAAUUUUCAUCACUGGAAGGAUAUGAUGAUUAUUUAGACUAUUGCUUCAGACCAAAACGUACUGUUGCAGAGACGCUACGAGAUUUCGGCCAUACUGCAAAACGCAUCUCUCGCGAAAGGCUGUUCGACCUUUUAGAGCCAAUUCGACCGAGAGCUUAUAGUAUUGCAUCACAUCCGUCUGUCCAUUCAACUUUGCAGAUUUUGGUGGCUAAGGUCCAGUUUGAAACAAAGUAUAUGGUGACGCCUCGUCGCGGUCUCUGCAGUACCUAUCUGUCGAAUGUCAAGGAGAACGAUAAGAUUUUGGCAGCCAUUCGGAAAGGAACACUGAGAUUACCCGGUCCAUCAAGUUCGUUUAUUGGAAUUGGAACUGGGACCGGAGUAGCAGCACUACGUUCAUUUUUAUUUUGUUUUGAAAAAGACAAAAAAGAAUCUUUAUUGAUUUUUGGUUGUCGAGGACCAAAUAAAGAUUUCUAUUUUGCGAAUGAUUGGCAUAUCUUGAAAAAUACUCGACUUAUCACCGCCUUCAGUAGAGAAGAGAACAAAAAAAAACAGUAUGUGCAACACAAAAUCGACGAAUACGCUAGCUAUAUAUGGGAUCUUAUAGAAAAAAAAAAUGGGAGCAUAUUGAUUGCUGGAAGAGUGGGUGAUAUGCCAAAAGAAGUUCUUGACGUUCUCCAGAAAAUCGCCUCUGAACGGAAUUAUGAUGGUGAAAAAUUUGUUGCUGAACUGGAAUCUAAGGGAAGAAUUCAAUAUGAAGUUUGGAGUUAG